AUGAAUUUAAUCAAGCGCAAGUGCGAGUCAUCGAUCAAGAAUCUUAACAAAAAACGGAAGGAGAGGGUCUUUUCUAUGAGAAGAUUUCGUCCUCCACAUGCUCUUUCCUGCCGAGAACUCAAGGAGCUCGGGAAGAUACAGAAGAAGUAUCUGCUAAUGGAAGAGGACGAUGAAAGCGACAGCGAUGGCGGGUCAGACGAUUCAAGCUGCAGCCUUGGCGAAGACUGGAGCGUCGAGGCCGAACAAGCAGCUAUCGACCAGGAAGAUGAUGAAGGAUCAGAUGGUGGUGGGGAUACAGCUAGCUCCCUUUCCGAAUGCAACUCCGACAACCUCGAGGCCAAGGGAAUGAUGAAUUUGGACGAGAUCGUCAUGGUCUCGGAGGACGACGAGCAAAAUGAAGACAUGAACGAGAUCAUGAAGUUCGUGAGAUCAAGAACGGAUCGAUGGGUUGAGAACCAUUGCGUGUUUACUAAUCCCAUCCCAUUGUGCGAUUUCAACAAAUUACUAACCCAUUUCUACUUGUCAAACUCUUAUAACGUGAUGGCUGAGGAGGCUGACCAGGAGAAUCUUGAUCGAGCGCUGGAAAACUUUGAAGAAGAGGAAAUGAGGGAAAGCGAUGAAGAUUCUCAACAAGCUGCGAUUUGGGAGUAUGAAGAACAGUAUGGACGAGUUGGCAAUGAUUCUCAUUCAGGUAGGAGAAGAAAAAUCAAACUGGAAACAUCUGAAAUCCGGCCCGUCUUUCCAGCCGAUGAACGUCAUCUGGAUGGAGGACAGAGACAGGAUUCUCGACUCGUUGCUGUCUGA